AUGUCAACUCGCCGGUCCUCCAAAUCCGCCGCCGAUGCGAUUCCCGCGAGCGACAUUGAAGCCGGUGGCGGGGACACAUCGCGGUGGAACGGCUUCUCGCAAUUCCACCCGUCCAAUAUCCUGUCGCACUCCAACCCAUCGGACGAUUGGCUCGAUAAUGCGGAAAAUACAUUUCGGAAACUGACCAUCUGGCUCACGCCCAGUUUUCUGCAACGUUAUGUCGGCGGCGAGUCCGCAGAGCCGGCCAAGCUGCAUGCCAUCGCCGCACUGGAUGGCUUGCGCGGCUGGGCCUGUCUGCUGGUGUUUAACUUUCAUUUCCUCUUCACCUACACCUGGAAAGUCGCCGUCGGGUGGGGAUUCGCGGGCGAGAAUUUCGGAAUCCACCAGCUGCCUUUCCUGCAUCUGUUGAUCUCGGGCCAUAUCCAGGUUGCCAUUUUCUUCGUCAUCUCGGGCUAUGUCCUCUCCUAUAAACCUCUCAAGACCAUCCGCAACCGCCAAUUCGACCAGACAUUCACCACCCUGGCCUCGUCGACCUUCCGCCGUGGCCUGCGCCUCUACAUCCCCUCGUUUGUUGGACUCCUCUGCGUCUUCGUUGCGGCCCGCUUCGGUCUCUACAACUACUCCCACGGUGUCAUCAAAGAAGGCCACACCAUCCUCGGCACCAACGAACAACACCCCUCCGUUUACGCAUCCUUCACCAAGCAGUUUUGGGACUUCUACAAAACCCUAGCCGGACUCCUGAACCCAUUUGAUUGGAACCUCUACUACAAUUACUACAACCCGCACUUGUGGACCAUCCCCGUUGAAUUUCGCUGCUCCAUCGUCCUAUUUGUGACUAUCCUCGCGACCUCGCGUUUGGUGGCAAAAGUCCGCAUGCCGGUGGUCGCGUGCGUGAUCUGGUUCUGCAUGCGCUACGGCCGCUGGGACGUCGUCCUGUUCCUAUUUGGUAUGCUCAUGGCUGAAAUCGAUUUGGUCAAUGGCACAUGGGAACGCCCGAACACGCCUACCGCCGCGGUGGUGGACGACAAGGCGCAUUUCCACGUCAGUGCGGGGACUAGGGUGACCAUCCGGCUCUCGCGCCGUCGCCUGUGGAUCACGCUUUUCAUCGUGGGGCUCUUUAUCGGCUCGGUGCCAAAUCUUGGGUUCAAAUGGACGCCCUUCUACCGCUGGCUGUGGCACCUCACACCAAAACCCUACCCCGAGCCGCACCGCUUCCCGCAAACCAUCGGUGCUGUACUGAUCGUCUUCUCUAUCAACAACUGCCCGGACAUCCAGACACUAUUCGUCAACCCGCUCUCGCAAUACUUGGGCAAGAUUUCCUACGCCUUUUAUAUUGUCCACGGACCCAUUCUGCAUUCGCUGGGCUACUCCAUCAUGCCGACCAUUUGGCGCAUUGUCGGCAAGGAGACUGAUCUCCAAUAUUGUCUCGGAUUUCUGAUUGGAUGGUCCAUCUGUCUGCCCGUCUCCAUCUGGCUGGGUGAUAUUUUCUGGCGCGCAGUCGAUAUCCCUAGCGUGAAGUUUGCGCGCUGGCUUGAGAAUCGUCUCAUCGCGAAACCAGGCCCGUCACCCCACCCUGCUCCUCCGACCUUGAGCACUCCGCGCACGGCAUAA